AUGCCUCGAGAUCAGCUUGAACCAUGGGAUUCAGAGAUUAUUGACACCUACAUGCAUGCCCUGGGAGCAUUGGGACAUCUCAAACUCACAGUUGACCCUGUCCGCUUGGUUGGGUUUUUAGGGCUUUUGCCGACGAAAUCCAGUCAUCUUUUACUUGAAAGACAACCUCGUGCCCUUGUUAUUUUUGCGCAUUAUUUUACUUUUAUGGCAGGAUAUACCGGUUCGUGGAUGAUUGGCGCAACACCACAAAAGGAGAUAACCGGUCUUGCUUCAAUAAUACCAGAAGAUUGGCAACCUUUGAUGCAGUGGCCGCUAUCGGCUUCGAAGAUGGACAUGAACACUUCUCAGUAUUUAUCUGGGCGUGACGAGAACAUGGAUGAAGUUUGUGAGCAUUGA